AUGACCACCUUCAUCCACCUUCCGGAGAAAUCGACCUCAAAGGCCGAUUGGGAAGCUUCUCUGAACAAAUUCCUCAACCUGACAUUUGGCAAGUCUUUUACAAAUGAGAUCUCAAGUUCAAUUCAGCGUUUGAACAAGCUCCGUGUUGACAUCCAGCAUUCCCACACCUCGGAUGGUGAAUCGCUGAUUCCUAUCUACCUCAAUUACAUCACACAGCUCAAUUCUUUGGAACUGAGAUUGCCAAUGAGUGCAGUCAUCACCGGUGGCGAGCUCGAAUUCAGUUGGACCGAUGCUUUCGACAGCAACGCAGACCCCACUGUUCAACACUCUUUGUCAUUCGAAAAAGCGUCAAUUUUAUUUAGCCUAGCCUCUGUGUAUUCCUACCUUGCGGCUACCGCCUCGUCAUCCCUCGAUUGGAAAAAUGCCAUACUCAACUUCACCAAUGCCGCAGGGAUUCUAGACUUCAUUUCAAUUAACUUCUUGCAUGCGCCUACAAAUGACUUGAAGGUCGAAACAUCCAAGGGUUUGGCCAAAUUAAUGCUUGCACAAGCUCAAGAAUGCUUUUUGUGGAACUACAUGCAAUCCACUACCGGAAAUAUUAAACAUUCUCUAGUAUCGAGACUGGCAGAAGGUACAAGCUUGACAUAUCUUUCAGCUAAGGAACUCAUCAGCAGCUGUAAGUCGAAAUUGGAUUGCGAUGAGGAGAUACAUAUCAAAGGAUUGUACUUCCAUACUUUUGCUCUGUUUCAUUAUGCUCAGAGCUAUAUGGAAACCAUGAAAAUUGGAUAUGCAAUUGCAGCUAAUCAGAUGGCAAAAGACAGCUAUGCCGAAAGUAAACGUCUGAUCAGGUCAUAUAGAGGGAAACUUGAACCAGGUAUUGUAAAAAUGAACGAAACAAUCGUGCAGGAAAUCGAAGACAAGCUGACUGAAUGGGAGAAAGAUAAUGACUUAAUUUAUCAUCAAGCUAAACCUGAAAAAAAUAACGUUCCAGCAAUCAAGUCUAUGGAUGGGGCAAAAUCGGUUCCAUUCGAAUCCCAAUUGAAAAAAUCUAACUUCAAAGAUUUAUUCGAAAAGAUCGUUCCUAUGGAAGCACACAAGGGGAUGUCUAUAUAUUCUGAAAAGCAGGCCCAAGUUACGCGUGAGUGGAAUGAAAAGAUCGAAGUAGCUAAUGAAGAAAUUAAAAGCUUUUUCGAAUUCUCUAGGCUUCCUACUAGUGUUGUGGAGGUACAGAGCUUGUUGCGUACAUCAAACUCUUCAAUCGAAGAAGAGGAGAGGGAGAAAGAGGACAAUUAUCCAAGAGUUCUAGCAAUGGCGCACGAACUUGAGUCAUCUCCAGAUGUCAAAUUUGAACAGGUGAUGACCAAUGUCCAGAACAAAAGGGCAGGCAUUCUGAAACAGCUAGAGGAAGCAGAGAGUUGGCUAUUGAAAGACGAACGAAAUACUGUCAUCAAGGGAUUACCACCAAAUCCAGAACUUUCAAAACUGAAAGAUGAAAUUACCAUGACUCGUAACACUCUGGCUGAAGCUGAAAUCAGUGACACAAAAUUGAACGAUCUUUGGAGCAAAUACAAGAGUGAAAUUCGAGUUUUGCAAAAAGGAACAUCUGGCGUUCAGAAAUGGUUGAGUGAAUCAGAGAACAAGAAUGCCGAGAAUUUAGCGAAGCAAGUUUCCUUAUUAGAUUUAGAUGACACAGGCGAUAAGAAUGACGAAUAUGAUUUAACUAUAGCGAAGCGUUUGAUUGAAAACAUCUACACCAUGAAGAGAUCCUUGGAGUUAUUAAUGGAUGAAAGAAAUUCAACUUUGAACGAUCUCAAGACAUCAAUGCAUUCUGAAGACAUAUCUUCAAUUCUUAUUCAGUAUAGUGGUGCAUCUGAGAGUGAGUUGAACAAGGUCUUUGAUGAGCAGCUAUCCAAGUACGACAGUUUUACAUCACGUUUGGAUGCUCUCACCUCUGCACAAGACGACAGAAUAGUAGAGUUGAAAGAUUCUUUAGGCAGACUAUUAGACUUGAAAAUUGUAAGGAAAAAAGUGGAAGAAAAGAAGAAAGAGCGGGGAACCAUCAAAGCCAAGCUUGCAAGCUUGCUGAGCUCGUACGAUACAUGGAAACUUUGCUCCAAGGGCGCCGAUGAAGCCUACGGAUUCUAUUGCAGAUUGAGUGACAGAACUGCUAGCAGCGUGGGCAGAAUUUACGAUAUCAUCAGCCAAAGGGAGGCUAUGAAUAUUGAGCCAAGGAGUAGUAUCAGCAGUACCUUGAGUGGCGGCUUUGGCGGUCAUACUAUCAAUAAUUACUACCAGCAGCAACAACAACAACAGCAGCAGCAACAACAACAACAUUACCAAUCUCAACCACCACCAAGUUAUUCUAACUCAUUAUACCCUAAUCCUAUGGGCAUCAACAAUAGAACUGACUCUGUUUCGUCAGCUGUGUCCAAUGCUCCUCCUCUUCCUUCAAAACCAAGUACUACAGGUUCAGACAACAGUCAACCUUACAGCACGCCAUCUGUUUACAACCCAAACAUGUAUGCACAGUUUGGCCAGAAUUGGAAAUCUUAG